AUGACUCAAAUGAAGGUUGAAUUAACAUUAAUAUGUUGUCAUGAUUUGGAUGACAAUAUAAAGCCGUUUGUGAAUCCAUUCAUUCAAUUUACUUUCCAUAAUAAGGAAUAUAAGACUGCUGCUAAUAUGAACACAACAGACCCUUAUUACAACAAGACCUUCACACUCGAUGUUUUAAUAAACGAAAAAAUUACUUUCAACGUGUUUUCUUACAAAAUGUUGGACACAAACAUUUUAAUAGGGGUUUCCAAAUUUCAAUUUCCAAGUCUUUUUAUGAAAGAACCGACUUUUUUCGCUCUUCCUGUCACACCAAAUGGACUUUUGUGUAUAUCACUUAAAUGUGUUAAAAACGGCAUUCCACCACCAAAACUUUCUGUUGUGCCACUUUCAAAUUCUUCGCUAUUAAAAAUCACAGUCAAGUCGGUAUCUUCAUUUGCCAGGGCAUAUGAGGAGAAGUACGGCUGUAAUAUCCUCUUUGACAAUUUGGCACUCAAUGGUGAUCAAACCUUAAGACUGGAAGCCAAAACAAUGAAUUCGAGUAUGUUCACGCGCAUCACAAAGAUGGUUCGGAGUGAUUAUUAUAUCCCUCCAAGUAAAUUUACUUAUCAGCAAAAGGCGCUUUUUGUUGAUGUUUUUCCAUGCGACUUUAUAGUCUUUUCAGUCUACUUUUCCGAUGGUGGUGAAACAAAUAAAAACGUUCUGAUGUGUUCUGCGUUGUACCCAGUCCCCGACUUCCACUUUGGAGAAGUCGAGUAUGUCAGUUUGAGCUCCAAGAAUGGGACUUGUUUUGACAUCAAACUCGAGUGCAUGCGCUCCGUCUAUAAUCAUGUGGAGACAUCACUCAUUCCUCUCAUCAACGACAAAAUGACUGAGACUGAAUUCCCUGUUGAGGUCUAUAUAGAGAAAAUUGUGAACUUUGAAGAUUUAAUGCAAAAGAAAGAGUAUAUGUUUCCUUCAGUCACUGUGAAAUAUGCAAAUACAGAGUAUAAAACGUCUUGGUUAUUUAACGCGCUCAAUGCGUGUCAAACAGUACCAGAAGGGUGGUUCCAAGGGUUUGUCAUGCCCAUGAGAGAAGGGACGGAAUUUACUCUAAGACUCUGUUUUCGCGAGGUGAGUACUUUAGCAGAACA